AUGGGAGAAGUGGUAAAUCUGAUGGCUGUGAAUGCUCAGCGAUGUCUAGCAGCAUUAGCCGGACUCGCUGUCAUGCUCAUCAUCAUUCCAAUAAAUGCUCUGAUAGGAAAAAAAGUAAAACUUCUGCAGAUGGAACAGAUGACAUAUAAGGAUGAAAGAGUCAAACUGAUGAAUGAAGUGUUGACUGGAAUCAAGGUCUUAAAGCUCUACGCCUGGGAUCCAAGUUUCAGAAACCAAAUUCUUAAGAUUAGAGAGAAGGAGAUUAGAGUCUUAAAAUCAGCUGCAAUGUGGAAUGCUUCCAUCUCCUUUCUUUGGUUCUGUUCUUCAUUCCUGGUGUCUCUUGUCACUUUCACAGUAUUUGUGAUGAUUGAUGAACACAACAUUCUCACCUCAGAAACUGCAUUUGUGGCCACUGCACUGUUCAAUAUCAUGAGGACGGCCAUGUCCAUAAUACCCUUGACGGUGCAGGUUCUGCUUCAGUUUCUGGUGUCUUACAGAAGAAUAGAUGAGUUUAUGAAUGCUGAAGAGUUAGAUGUAAAUUCAGUAUCUCACGAUGAAAAUAAAGAUGACCCAUUAAUCAUGGAGGGUGGAACAUUUUCUUGGGGAACAACAAAUGUAGAAAGGCCUAUUUUGUGCAACAUUACACUCAAGAUACAACCAGGACAGUUGGUAGCAGUGGUGGGAGCUGUCGGCUCUGGCAAGAGUUCCCUCAUCUCAGCCUUUCUGGGUGAAAUGGACAAGAUCUCUGGAUAUGUCAACACUAAGGGUACAAUAGCAUAUGUACCUCAGCAAGCGUGGAUACAAAAUGCUACACUGAGGGAUAACAUUUUGUUUGGCAGUAGCUUCAACAGAAAAAAGUACAUUAAUACUAUAGAAGCCUGCGCUCUUAAACAAGAUUUGGACAUGCUGCCUGGUGGAGAUUUUACUGAAAUAGGAGAAAAGGGUAUCAAUCUUAGUGGAGGUCAGAAGCAGAGAGUGAGCCUGGCUAGAGCUGUGUACAAUGAUGCAGAUAUUUACCUACUGGAUAAUCCUCUCAGUGCUGUAGACGCUCAUGUUGGCAAACACAUUUUUGAGAAUGUUAUUGGCCCCAAAGGAGAACUCAGAAAAAAGACCAGAAUUUUUGUGACUCACGGAAUAACAUUCCUGAGCCAAGUGGACAAGAUCAUAGUGUUGAAAGGAGGUGAAAUUACAGAGGAAGGGACAUUCAAAGAACUUAUGGCCAAGAAAGGGGAAUUUUCUGCCUUUUUGGUGCAACACAUCACACCUACUGAUGACCCUGGACUACAAUCAGAAAUUAAAGAUAUGCUGGAGGAUGAGCCUGAUAAACUGAUCUUCACAGAAAAUAUUGAACAUACUAAAACUGAGUCUACAAGAUCAUCAAACUCUUCACUUAGCAAUUUGACUGUGGACUUUGACGAUGACUUGGAAUUCACUUCUCACAUUGACAGAUUGAUUCAAGCUGAGAAAACUGAAACAGGCAGUGUGAAGUGGAGCGUUUACACUCACUACCUGAAGUCUGCGGGUAUACUGCUCUGUAUAGCCACAGUGGGGUUCAUGGCUCUGUUUCAAGCUUUCUCAGUGUUGUCCAGCAUUUGGCUGUCUGACUGGACCAAUGACAAAGCAGCAGCUGUAGACGGAGUUCAGGUUCCGGAAAAACGCAGCUUUUUUAUCUAGAGAUAUACACUCUGUAUGGAGUUGGCCAAGUGGCUGCAGUUUUGGCUAGUGCCUAUUCGCUAGCCUUCGCUACAGUCCUAGCUUCACAACACCUUCACCUGUCAAUGCUAACUAAUGUGCUGCGUUCACCGAUGAGCUUCUUUGAUACCACUCCAACAGGAAGAAUUGUCAACCGAUUUGGAAAAGACAUUGAAGUUGUUGACAACACGCUGCCUUUCUCAGUCAAUAGUGCUUUGUCGAUAUCUGCCAAUGUAAGCUACAGUGAGCAGGAUAUAAUUAGAAAGAUUUCCCCACACCCUUUGAAUUUACGUUUUGUCCUCCACAGCUUACUUCCUGUGCAUACCCUAAUGAGCUGGUUUUGUUUCUUUGUUGAUAUUAAGAAAUAAAUUUAAAAUCUUGUAAUAGUCUUCAAUAAAUAAAUAAACUACCGUUUGCCUUUAUUUAUUC